AUGUUCGACCUGCAGACGCCAUGUAUGGAGUCCCACCGGUAUGAACGGUCCUCUGGAGGGUUCCGUCAGAAUAUCCCUCUCCAGAGGACCGUCCAGAUGUCUACGCUUUACAGUCAGAUGUCUAGAGCUCGUGAAGGUCACCGUGAUCACUCAGAACGGCUCGCUAAAGAUUAUCUGAAAACAGUCGUCUACGUCCUUGACUGUGAGAUGGGCUUUACAGUCAGGGGCCUAGAGCUCUUGAAGGUCACCGUGAUCACUCAGGGCGGCUCCCUAAAGUACGAGUCCCUGGUUCGACCUGAAGCCGAAAUCGUAGAUUACAACACCAGGUUCUCCGGUGUCAAGGACGAAGACUACCGCGGCAACUUCAAGACGUUGAGGGAAGUACAUAGUGACCUGACCGAGUUCAUAAAGGAAGACACCAUCCUCAUAGGCCACGGUCUUGAGAACGACCUCAGAGCCUUCAAUAUGGUCCACUCUUCCUGUGAACCACCUCUCACAUAG